UCUCAAUUCCGUUGUAUCAUUCCUAUAAAUAAAUUUUGCGAGAGUUAUGGUGAAUUGAAGAUGGUGAGAAAACCUUGCUGUGACAAAGUUGGAUUAAAGAAAGGGCCAUGGACUGCUGAUGAAGACAAGAAACUCUUCAAUUUCAUUCUCACUAAUAGCCAAUGUUGCUGGAGAGCUGUCCCUAAACUCGCAGGACUGCUGAGGUGUGGGAAGAGCUGCAGAUUGAGAUGGACUAACUAUCUUAGGCCUGAUUUGAAAAGAGGACUUCUCCCAGAUUUUGAAGAGAAAUUGGUGAUUGAUCUUCAUGCUCAGCUAGGGAACAGAUGGUCCAAGAUUGCCUCCCGUCUCCCGGGGAGAACAGAUAAUGACAUCAAGAAUCAAUGGAACACACACAUAAAAAAGAAAUUGAAGAAAAUAGGAAUCGACCCCGUCACCCACCAACCUCUGCAAGUGGAGGUUGAGUCAACCAUUUCAAUUGAUGACGGUCAAAACGAUGUGUUGUUAGUCAACAACUCCGAGAGUCCUGUGAUCGGGCCCCACGAGAUCCUGCUGCCGCUGACACCAUCGUCGUCGUGCUCAAGCAGUGGUGGAGCGUCAUCGUCAAACGCGGCACAGAGCAUAGAGAAGGUUAAUACGGAUACAUGGGACCAAGGAUUUGGAGACAUCUUUGAUUUGUUGGGUGAUUUGAAUUGUUUCAAAUUUGAUUCGCUUUUAUCUAUCUAGAUUUUCUCUUUGAACUUCUUUUCAGUAUAUAAUAACCAUAGUUUUGUUGCUCGAAAAUUAUCUCUAAAGAAGAGAUUAAUUUACAAUAGUUGUACUUGUAUUUAUGAAACAUAUCCUUUAAAGUAAACGUCGUGUUUAAUAUGAA